AAGUACAUUAUAUUUGUUCAUGGUGAUCUUGGAACAUUGGAAAAAAUUGAGACUAUCUUGCAGUCGCGGUGCAUCGAGGACGACGUUUUGGAGCGCAUGCACUAUCUGCUGCCGAUCCCUGGGCUUUUUCAUGUUAGAAUGGCAUGCAUUGAUGCUAUUAACAGGAUACAUGUGGUGGGACAUGACUUACGCAAUGAUCCAAACAGCCUCUAUAAAAAACUCGCCCAUCUCUUCCCCAAUGACAUCGCAAAACUCAACAAAAGUGUCCCUCCCUUCCAUAUGAUGAAUGACGGUAUAAUGUUCAUUACAAGAAGCACAAUCCUUGACGCUUGGACAGAGAACAUCGGAGGAGACCUGCAGAAUUAUGCAGAGAGUAAACCAGAUUGGGGGGACAUUGAGAGAAGGGCAAAGAUCAUUGUGUCCGAGUAUUUCGAAACAAACACAAUCUCAUCUGAUCAAAGACGUAACAGGCAGUGCGAUGAACGAUGGAUGAACCAGGUCCUAUUCAACCGCGAUUCCAUGUAUUACCGGAUUCUUGUUCAUGCAAUGAACCACGGAAUGGUUGAUAUCAUCAUCAAUGUCCUCUCAUUCUGGGUGCCGGUGUUUCAGGCCUGUGGAAAAUACAAAUACGCGAAACACUUAUCCAAGUUCUUAUUUCAACUCAACCAACUUCCUGAACCAUUAAAAGAGGCUGUGAUGAGGUGUUGGUUAUGCUGUCCAUCUGGAAAGGAGGGCACAUUUCGAGCAGUUGACUGGCUUGUGGAACUUAUGAACCUAUAUACAAAGGUGGUAUACGGCGGCUCGGGAUCUGGGAAAACAAUUAACUACGUGAUUAGUCAAUCAUCAAUAAUCAAUGCAUACCGCCAGUGCAUCGAAGACGUUGAGAGCGAUUUUCACAUACCAGAGAAAACGCUCCAUCAUGCAGCUCCUGACAUCCAAUCGAGGUUGGAUGGUUUAAGAAAGAGCCUUCGUGAACUUCGGCCACAUCGGUACGAGAGGGGGCGGAAGGCACCUUAUGAGAUAGUAGAU